AAUAAAAAACUGAGUAAAUGUGGGUGUAAUCCAUGACUGUCGAGCACCUGCAGUAUCUGCUGCGUAAGCUGUAUUUUAUAGCAUUUCCCUGAAUUCUACCAAUGGGGACAGCUAAAAUACGCCAAUGCAACGCUUUUUGUUUACAUUGCACACGUCAGCUGUUAUUUCAUGAUUAUUGUUGCGCGCGUGUGUGUGCGAGGGUGUUUGAGGGCAAGAAUUUAUCACUCGCGAAAAAAAUUCCACGGAAUCGUCACAGUUUAGAUUAAGAAGCAAAGCAACGUCGACGUGGCCAAACCAUUAAGUAACAAGGAACUUCAAAUUAAGCAUUAAUUGAACAAUGUGCGGAAUCUUCGCUUAUCUGAACUAUUUGACGCCAAAGUCCCGCCAUCAGGUGCUCGAGCUGUUGGUGCAGGGUCUGAAGCGGCUGGAGUAUCGCGGCUAUGACUCCACCGGCCUGGCCAUCGAUGCUCCCAACGACUCCAAUGAUAUUCUCAUGGUGAAAAGAACGGGCAAGGUCAAAGUGCUGGAGGAUGCCCUAGCGGAGCAAUGCCUGGGUGCUGCCUAUGAUCUGCCCGUGGACAUACAUAUUGGCAUUGCGCACACGCGCUGGGCUACGCACGGUGUGCCCUCGGAGCUGAACUCUCAUCCUCAGCGCUCGGACGAGAGCAACAGCUUUGUGGUGGUUCACAAUGGCAUCAUAACGAACUACAAGGAUGUGAAGACGCUGUUGGAGAAGCGUGGCUACGUUUUCGAAUCGGAUACUGACACCGAGGUGAUUGCGAAGCUGGUGCAUCACCUGUGGCAGACGCAUCCGGGCUAUACUUUUGGUGAGCUCGUCGAGCAGGCUAUUCAGCAAAUCGAAGGCGCCUUUGCCAUUGCCCUGAAGUCCAAGCAUUUUCCGGGUGAAUGCGUCGCCUCGCGUCGUGGCUCGCCGUUGCUUGUGGGCAUCAAGGCCAAGACUAAGCUGGCCACCGAUCAUGUGCCCAUUUUGUACACCAAGGCGCAUCGGCCGCAUGGUCAGCCUCAGUUUCAGCUCUUGCCCAGCGGUCGUGCUUGCAACGUAGAUGUCAGCGCAGAGUUCCAGCCGCUGGAGCACAAGGAGGUUGAAUAUUUCUUUGCCUCGGAUGCCUCGGCUGUUAUAGAGCACACCAAUCGUGUCAUCUACCUGGAGGAUGACGAUGUGGCCGCCGUAAAACGCGAUGGCACGCUGAGUAUACAUCGGCUGAACAAAUCCUCGGAUGAUCCGCAUGCCCGUGAGAUCAUAACGCUCAAAAUGGAGAUACAGCAGAUCAUGAAGGGCAACUACGACUACUUUAUGCUCAAGGAGAUCUUUGAACAGUCCGAAUCGGUGGUCAAUACCAUGCGAGGCCGUGUGCGCUUCGACACCCAAACCGUCGUCCUUGGCGGCAUCAAGGAGUAUAUACCAGAGAUCAAGCGCUGCAGGCGCCUCAUGCUCAUUGCCUGCGGCACUUCCUAUCACAGCGCAGUGGCUACGCGCCAACUGCUGGAGGAGCUCACCGAGCUGCCGGUGAUGGUGGAGCUGGCCUCCGAUUUCCUCGAUCGCAACACGCCUAUCUAUCGGGAUGAUGUCUGUUUCUUCAUUUCGCAGUCGGGCGAAACAGCGGAUACGCUCAUGGCGCUGCGCUAUUGCAAGCAGCGAGGUGCUCUGAUUGUGGGCAUCACCAAUACCGUGGGCAGCAGCAUCAGCCGGGAGUCGCACUGCGGCGUCCACAUCAAUGCGGGCCCCGAAAUUGGCGUGGCUUCCACUAAGGCCUACACCUCACAGUUCAUCUCGCUGGUGAUGUUCGCCCUGGUCAUGUCUGAGGAUCGACUGUCCCUGCAGCAGCGUCGCCUGGAGAUUAUCUCGGGACUUUCACAGCUGGACAAGCACAUACGAACGGUGCUGCAGCUGAACUCGCAGGUGCAGCAGCUGGCCAAGGAGCUGUACCAGCACAAGUCGCUGCUCAUAAUGGGGCGUGGCUUCAACUUUGCCACCUGCCUGGAGGGCGCUCUGAAGGUGAAGGAGCUGACCUACAUGCACAGCGAGGGCAUCUUGGCGGGAGAGCUGAAGCACGGUCCGCUGGCACUUGUCGACGAUGAGAUGCCUGUGCUGAUGAUUGUGCUGCGCGAUCCGGUCUACACCAAGUGCAUGAACGCACUGCAGCAGGUCACAUCGCGCAAAGGACGGCCCAUACUAAUCUGCGAGGAAGGCGACUCCGAGACAAUGGCCUUCUCGACGCGUUCGCUGCAAAUACCCCGCACUGUGGACUGCCUACAGGGCAUACUCACUGUCAUACCUAUGCAGCUGCUAUCCUACCACAUUGCCGUGCUGCGCGGCUGCGAUGUCGAUUGUCCGCGCAACCUGGCCAAGUCCGUGACCGUUGAGUAGGCGGUGAAUUCCGCACUUUCCCCUCUGCCACUCCCCAACUCAAGCAAAAGAUAAACAAGAAUUCCAUUUUACUGGUCGCUUGGAAUGGAGCGCUAUGUAUUUUAUAAAAAUAUAUACAUAUUUAGCCUAAGUUAAGCAAUUAUAUAUAUAUAUCCACAUACAUAUAUCCACUUUGUCCCUGUCCUUUAUAUCCCUUUAAAGAAAACUAUUGUAUUUGUUUUCAUUUUACUUAACUUUAUCUGUGCAAUUAAAAUAUUUAA